AUGUCUGAAAUAUGAAGCAUAAAGUUAUUAAUAAAAUCUCGAAAACUUAAUCAAAUCCUAGCAGAAAAAUUGAGCGUAAAGCUUUAUAUGAGAGUGCUUUAUUAUUUUUUUCUCCAAUUGAAGUUUUUGGCGCUUAGGAAUAAAAAACCAAUAAAUUUUCCCAAUAAGAAUUCGCUUUUUCGAUUUUGUAACUUUUUAUAA